AUGCAACAGCCCAAAACGCCCAAGCAGUUCACCUCAGGCCAGCUCAAGCGUAUUGAAACGGCCAUACUGGAAGAAAAUAUAAGGGUGGCAGCUGAACAACGUGAAAAGGAGUGCGAACGAGAUAGACAAAGAGAAAGAGAGGGAGAUGGAGAAGAAAGUGGGCAUGAGGAGGAAAUAAGGCCAGGAUGGGUGCCCCUACAUAUCGACCCUAUGAGGAUUUCCGCCUUGCUUUCAAUGCAAGACAUCAAGAGGCAACCUCGAUCAUACAAGAUACCGCGAGGCCAAUACUUUCCCUUCCUGGACCUACCAACAGAGAUCAGAAACAUGAUCUACGAGAACCUCCUUGUGGUGGGAAAGGUCUUCCCAUACCCGAAGAUGGAUGACCAGCGUUGUGAAGAUAUGGACAAGUACGAUCACCCCGAGCUUCAGCUCCUCCGAGUCAACAAACAGAUCUUCGAGGAGAGUGCUCCCAUCUUCUUCUCCAAGAACAAAUUUGUUCUGGCCCAUGGCAAACGCGAUCGAUGGCCACAUGCCUGGCCGCUCUGGGACCUUCCAAAUCCCAAUAGGCCAGAACAACACGACUUGCCUGUCUCGGCUAUGGUAUUCAAAUAUCUCAAGCAGCUGAAUAUUUCCUUCGACAGCAGGGAUGUUGAAAUCACGCCCAAUCUAAUCAGUUCAUGGAGAGCCGAAGAGAUAAAACGGAGCCCAGACUUCGGCGACCUCCCCGAGAGAGAGCAGUGGGUGCGCUUCAACGAACAGUACGAAUAUGCCCGGUAUGAGUUUUGGGUCCAACGCAAUGAGCUGCUUCACUACUUGAAGCUUGAUCUCUUGGAAGUGGACUUGACCGAUUGUUACUCCAGUCUAUCAUUUCAGAGGGCGGCGGGCGACGUCUGGCCCUUUAUUGCAAAAAGCAACCAGGACAACCCUCCCAAGCAUAUCAUAGUGUAUGGUCUCAAGGGCCGGCAAGAGGGCUGGAUGUACAGAAUGGGCCACAAAAGGCACAGACGGUUGAAUCCAACUGCGUAUCUGAACAUGUACGCUGUGAUAGACGAAAGUCCCGAAGAGGCCUACGGUCAUCCCUCCAGGAUUGAUUGGGACAACCUUGACAGGGGUUCUGAAUUUGACAGCGGUGAAAGCCAUCCACCUGUAUUCUAUGCUAGUGAGCCGGGCGACUUUGACGACGAUACAGGACAUUCUGAUACCGGUACAGAAGAUUCUGGCAACGGUUCCAGAGACCAUGACAGUCAUAUGUGGGAAUCUGAUGAUGACAUAAGAGAGCCUCACCUUGAUACAGAAGAAUCUGACAGCGACACUGAACCCCCGAGGCGCUUUAGACCUCGGAGAGUCUAUCCCGAUCAGACUGCGGAGACGGCAAUAACGAUUGAUUGA